CUUUUUCAGUCGAUUUGUUUUUACUCAUUUAUUUCUUUGAUCCUUAUCAUCGGGGGCGGGGGUUGACCCCUGGUGAGUAGCUCUCAGAGGCGCUCCCAAUGAGUGGUUCUCGGAGGGACUGCGGUGAGUGGCUGAGGUUCUGCUCUCGAAACCCAAUCAGAAUUGAUUCGCCUGUGGUCCAUUUCAGACGCGAUAACCUCAGACUGCCCCCUCCAGCGAUGAUCCAGCACUCAGGGAGCAGACAUUCCAGCCUGGCAGAUCUGCGACCCAGUCAGUGAUCCACUGGUGGAAACAGAUGCUAAGGGAGUUUGUGAGAGAUUGCCCAGUGUGUAACUUCGGAAGGGAAGAUUGUUCUGCUCAGACGGGUCUGCUUCACUGUAUGAGCCCAGACGCUGAAGUGUACCUCCCGCUGGUCAGUACGGAUUUACCAACAUCCUUCUCUAUUUGACAAGACAUAUGAGCGGCGUCUGUCUUUAACAGAUAGCAGGCUCCCGUGUGACAACCUAAUCUCCUAGCAACCGAAGAAGAUCAGAAGUCAAGAUGGCGGAGGUGCUCCAAAUGAAAACAAGCUUCCCUGGGAAGGUCAACCUUCCCGCUGGAGCAGAGGUCAAGGAUAAGGAUCAGGCCUUGCCCUACUCUGUGGAAACUCCCUACGGUUUCCACCUGGACCUGGACUUUGUGAAGUACGUGGACGAUAUCGAGAAGGGGAACACCAUCAAGAAGGUUCACAUCCACCGGAAACCGCGAGGAUGCAGCUACACAGGCUCUUGGUGGACGUCCACGGAAUCGCUGUGCUCCAACGCCAGCGCUGACAGCAGACGCUCCUCUGUCUCGUACUGUGGCCGGAGCACGUACCACCCGGCCUGCAGCUUCUCCGGGGGCUACUCCAGGCCACCACCGCUGAUGUCCGUCGGCUACAACGCCAGGGUUGAAAAGACCCUGCUGGAGACCAAGAGGCGGCUGGAGGAGGAGCCCCUGGGCUGCAGGGAGGGCCGGAGGCCCCGUUAUUCCAGCCUGAGCAGCCUGCAGGGCAGUGUGGUGGGCUCCACCAGCUCCCUGGCCGGGACAGGCCUGCAGAGCCACUCGGCCUCCCGACUCGUCUCUUUCAACGGCUCUCAGAGCGCUCCCUGCGGCCAGUUCACUCCCCUCAGCUCGGGCCUGGCUACCCCAUCCACUCCGAACCCAAGCCACUUACACAACAUCCGGGAGCAGAUGGCGGUCGCCCUGCGGAGGUUGCGGGAGCUGGAGGACCAGGUGAAGAUAGUCCCUGUUCUCCAGGUGAAGAUCUCUGUCCUCCAGGAAGAGAAGAGGCAGCUCAGCGUCCAGCUGAAGAGUCAGAAGUUCCUCGGCCACACCAUGGGCUUUGGGCCACAGAAACCAGACAGUGGCCCUGGCAAGCUCAAAGAGGAACUGUACAUUGACCUGCCUGAAGAAGGUGGUCACCAGAGCAAAGCUAAGCUGCCCCUCUCUCCUACGUUCCAAAAGCCACCACAGGAUAACGUCGGGACUCUUGAACGGGACACUCCGAAGCACAGCAAAGACACCAGGCCAGGCCUGGAAGAGAGCUCGAGGGGCGAAGUGACCAAUGGAAAUGUGGCCGAGGUCAGGAGCGUGGGUGUUUGGGUGCGAGAGAAGGAUCUGGGAAUCUCCCCUUCGUCCUUACAGCUGGAGGCGGAGCAUUACCGUCAUGUGACUGAGCUGCUGACCAAGAAGGUUGCCAUGUUGGAGAAGCGACUGCGGGAAGCCGCCAGAGAACUGGAGACCGCUCACCAGAGCGUUGGCGGCCAGGAGAAGGAGACGGCGGAGAAGGGGCUACAGGUGGAUGUCGGCGUGACAGCUGGCACGCGAGGACUCGACUUGAGUCGGCCAAAACAACCGCCGGAUCAAGUCAGGACCUGGACAGCUGCCUCCGAGGCAGGACCCCGGUCUCCCCAACCACUUGAAGGCAAAGUCGGCAAGAGGGGAGAUAUUGUUUCGCCUGGCAGCUGGAAGGAGCGGUUCAUUGAGCUGGCACCGCAGAGGUCAGUGGGCAUACAGGUCAGCCAUUUUGGAUACCCUCCUAGCAAGCAGGCCAGCAAGGAUCCAGUUCAGGACAGGAACCAGCCAGGACUCACCCAGCCGCAGGGGGCCACAAAGGAGAUGCAGUAUUCCGCAACCCAGGCAGUGCCCAACAGUAGCCAACCCGCCCUCAGCCAGACCUCGGUGGCCCCAAACAAACCAGGCAGUGGCAAGCGGGGCAGUGGGGAGGGGACUGAGCAGAGAGUGGGUCCCACCUCUGACCCGCCCUUUAAGGAGGUCACAGGCAAGGUGGUGACCUGCACGAUUGUCACAACCCUGGCAGCCACGUGUGAGGAAGUGAACUCCGUGAUGACCACUGCCAGGAGUGCGAAGCAGGUGAAGACGGGUCCGAGCGGGGCACAACUCCGGGAAGCUGUCGAACAGCUCACUCAAGUUUCUCGAGAUGAGCACAAAGCAGAUCCUGCUGCUCCACCCAGGCGGCCACUAGAUGUCACUGAGGAGCCUCGGUAUAUUUUAUCCUCCAAUGUUUGUCACUCUGUGGAAUUACCCCUCACACAGCUUCCCAGUUCAAAGCCAGCAGAAGUGAGCAACCUGGCACUGGUGAGGCAGGAAGAUGCUGCCCUGUCUGAGGAUGAUUCAACAAGGCCAGGUUCUCCACAGGGAGCACAACUAAAAUCCAUCAUGAAAAAGAAGGAGAGAGGAGCCAGUCCUGAAAGCCCUCUGACAAAGAAGAGCCUUCAGUUUAUUGGGGUGAACGGAGGAUAUGAGUCAACAUCUUCGGAAGAAUCCAGUACGGAGAGUUCCUCGAGUGAGUCAGAUGACGGGAGCACGGAAAGCGAUUACCAUGAGGCCAGCGAGAGACUCCCAGGAGAGCAGGCAGAAAAAGCAGAGAGCAAAAGCACUCCUGCUGGAACUGUGCAGGAAACAGAGAGUGUGCAGACUCCUGCUGGAACUGUGCAGGAAACUGAAGUUAAGCAGACACUAUUGGAGCCAGUGGAAGAGACUCGGAGCAAGAGGACUCCUGCAGAGGUUGUGCAGAUAGUAGCAGAGAGUGUGCAGGAGGCGCUGACGAAGGGUACUCCAGCUGAGAGUCCCCAGGAAGGUGGGAAUGUGCUGACUCCACCACAGCACACAACAAGCUUAGAAAGGGAGGAGAAGGUGCAGUAUGGAGGGAGCAAGGAGUAUGUGAAGGAGAUGGAGCAGACAAUGGAAGGGAAACCAGAGGCACCAGUCAAGGAAGGAGAGGACAACCCAGCAAAGGUUCCUCAUCCUGAAACAGUGAGUCUGAAGCAGGAAGCAAACACCAGCACGUUUGAGCUGACUGAGGGUUUGGUGUCGGCCUGCGUGACUCUGCAGAAACAUCUGAACGAUCCUGACAGGUUCACAAACAAAGAUGUGAGAGUGAGCUAUCUCACGGUUCAGCAGGAGUGGCUCUUGGUGUCAAGUCCGAAGACAGCGGAACCUGAGGUGGUGCGUCGGUACCUAGCUGUGUUUAAGGCAAUGUCACCGAAUUUACUGGAGCUGAUAGUCAACAUGGCUGACAGCAAUGGGAACACAGCUCUUCACUACACAGUCUCUCAUUCCAACUUCCCCAUUGUCAGGUUGCUGCUGGACACAGGCGCCUGUAGUUUGGAUAAGCAGAAUAAGGCUGGUUACACAGCCAUCAUGCUGGCCUCACUCGCUGCCCUCCAGUCGGAGCACGACAUGCAGACCGUGACACAGCUCUUCCGUCUCGGCAACGUCAAUGCCAAGGCCAGCCAGGCGGGUCAGACGGCCCUGAUGUUGGCAGUCAGCCAUGGCCGGGUGGAAAUGGUGAAGGCCCUGUUGGCUUGUGGGGCGGACGUCAGUAUCCAGGACGAUGACGGGUCAACAGCGUUGAUGUGCGCCUGUGAGCACGGCCACGCGGAGAUCGUCAGGCUCCUAUUGGAGAUGCCAGGCUGCAACGUGACUCUGGCAGAUAACGAUGGCAGCACUGCCCUCUCCAUCGCAGCAGAAACUGGACAAAAGGAGAUUUCUGCCCUUCUCUACAACCACCUGAAUCAAAGCAAGGAUCCGAGCCAUUCCCCGGUUCUACCUGCCCACUCACAGAUCCUGGAUCACCCCUCGUCAUCUAAAACCCAGCAGUAGGCCUGAAUGCCACUCUCCAUUGGCUCCUUGUGCUGCCCUGUACGGAUGUUCAACAACUGGGCCUUGAACUGAGGGCAUCUCAGCCCAAUACUGGCAUAGUCAGGGGGUACCUCAUUCUGCCUGAUAUACAGGGCCCCAAUUACCUUCGACACUGACGGAGCCUGUCACCAUGGGAGUGAACUUUCAGAGGGUUGGACAUUGAAGGACGAGGUCUGAGGGAAUGGACAGCAAAGUCCUCAGCCUCCUGCGGUGAUAAACUUGCUGCUUUGAUCUGCACAACUAUCACAAUGCCUCCAUCAGCUUUUUAUAUCAAGAAAAUGUACAGAUGUUGUAAAGGACAGUCAGCCUAUUGUGGCUUCAGUUUGAUACUGAUCAUCACUGGCUCCCCCCCUUUCUCUUUAGCUUGGUUGGCACCUCACCAAGAAGGGCUUAUGCCCGAAACGUCGAUUCUCCUGUUCCUUGGAUGCUGCCUGACCUGCUGCGCUUUUCCAGCAACACAUUUUCAGCUCUGAUCUCCAGCAUCUGCAGUCCUCACUUUCACCUCACCAAGAUUCCCAACCAAGUAUUGUAUCCAACUCAAGGAGCUUCCCCCUCCAUUCAUAUACACAGGCACAUAUAUACCCACACAGGCACAUCCAUACACACACAGACACAUCAAUACACAGACAGGCACAUC